AUGAGAGGUCUGAGAUUGAGAAAUUCUGUUUAUCUUUCUCUUGUUGCUUUCUUCAUCGUGCUUGUAUGUUUCCUUCUAUAUCACUACCCUAGCUCAAUUGAAAGGGGUGUCAGAAAGGUGGUUCUGUUAAAGCAUACAUCAACUAAUCAAGAAUUAGAUAAUAUGCUGAAGAGAGCUACCAUGCCAGACAGAACUGUUAUCCUAACCAUGGUAGAUGAAUCAUUGGCAAGUCCUGGGUCUAUCCUCGACACUUUACUACAAAGCUUCAAAUCAGGUGAAGGGACCCAAGGGUUAGUGAAUCACUUAGUGAUCAUAACCAUGGACCCCCAAGCUUUGAAGUACUGCAGGUCCUUGCACCCCUAUUGCAUCCACCCUUCUAUAUUUCCGCAUCAUUUUGCCACCAAAGGGCAAUCCAUUAUGACAACCCCAGACCUUAAGUUAUUCGCUUGGACAAGAAAGGAUAUCUUGUUGGAAGUUAUUCGAUUGGGUUACAACAUAAUCUUCACGGAUGCAGAUGUACUAUGGCUUCGAAGUCCAUUUAUAAACCUAAAUCCAAUUAAUGAACUCACAAUUUCAUGUAAUGUCUUAAGUGAUGGACAAAAAGGAAGUUACCUGUAUGACGGGGGAAUCUUCUUCUUGAAAGCAAAUGCCAUUUCCUUUGAAUUUUUCAAGUAUUGGAAAUUGACCAAGAUUCUUUUUCCAAACGAUCCCGCAGAAGAGUCCUUGUGCACAACAAUAAAAGAAAGGCAAGAUAUAGCUGAUUCGUAUGGCUUUCGGGUUCAGCUUGUAAAUACAAGCUAUUUUGGUGGCUUUUGUGAGCUAAAUAAGGAUAUGUUCAGGGAUGUUUAUACCAUUCAAGCUAACUGUUGUGAUGAUCUCAAAAGCAAAGUUCAUGACCUGAGGAUUGUUCUACAUGAUUGGAUUCGCUUCAGAAAACGUGCAUCAGGGGGCAAUGCUUUGGAUAAAAUGGCUUUGAGGUGGCCACAGAAGUGCACCAGAAGCAAUUUUACUUCAAAUCAUAUACACUACUAA